CUCUGCUCCGUGCAGCUUGAACUACAGGCACAGCUCUAUUGUUUUUAGCUACUAGGAGACGGGCUGAGGCGGGAGUGUCAGAAAGGGCGGGACAGAGCCUGGAGGGGGAAUAAGUUCUCCCAGCAGCCAUCCUACUCGACCUGUGCCUUCUCUCUGGAUUUUCUCCGAUCCUCUGCAACCAGGGGAUCGGCCGCCAUUACGGAAGACCAGACUUACUGCAGCCUGCACAGCACUCUCGGUGUCUGUGACGUUGCAAGAGUAGGAGGGGCUGACUAGGGUCCCAUCUUAGCAGAUACUUUGCUGCUCAAAAUGGCGCCGCUGGACCUGGAUAAAUAUGUGGAGAUUGCCCGGCAAUGUAAAUAUCUUCCUGAAAAUGACCUGAAGAGGCUAUGUGAUUAUGUCUGUGAUCUGCUACUGGAGGAAUCAAAUGUGCAGCCUGUAUCUACGCCAGUAACUGUUUGUGGAGAUAUACAUGGACAGUUUUACGAUCUAUGUGAGCUCUUUAGAACUGGUGGGCAAGUUCCUGACACAAAUUACAUCUUCAUGGGUGACUUUGUUGAUAGAGGAUAUUACAGUCUUGAGACAUUCACCUUCCUUCUUGCCCUGAAAGCCAAAUGGCCUGACCGUAUUACCUUGCUGCGAGGGAACCAUGAAAGCAGACAGAUCACACAGGUGUAUGGAUUCUACGACGAGUGCCAGACAAAAUAUGGAAAUGCCAAUGCUUGGAGAUACUGCACAAAGGUUUUCGAUAUGCUGACUGUAGCAGCUUUGAUAGAUGAACAGAUACUCUGUGUGCACGGUGGCCUCUCCCCUGACAUAAAAACUCUGGACCAGAUACGGACAAUUGAACGGAAUCAAGAGAUUCCACACAAAGGAGCUUUUUGUGAUCUUGUUUGGUCAGACCCAGAAGAUGUGGAUACUUGGGCCAUCAGCCCUCGAGGCGCAGGGUGGUUGUUUGGAGCCAAGGUGACCAAUGAGUUUGUGCAUAUCAACAAUCUGAAGCUGAUUUGCAGAGCGCACCAGUUAGUACAUGAGGGCUACAAAUUCAUGUUUGAUGAGAAGCUUGUCACUGUGUGGUCAGCUCCCAACUAUUGCUACCGUUGUGGCAACAUCGCCUCUAUUAUGGUUUUUAAGGAUGUGAACACACGAGAGCCAAAGCUCUUUAGAGCUGUUCCUGACUCUGAGCGGGUUAUCCCUCCCAGAACCACCACGCCGUACUUUCUCUGAAGUCCAUUAACUUCUUGUGUACUGUGCUGGGUCUUUUUUUCAUUUUAUUUUAAGCACUUUGCUGCUGAAAUGCUGAAUAUUGCCUUUUUUUCUUUCGAAUUAUAGAAUAUAUAUUCUGUUUAUAUCUCUAUUGUUUCUUUGCUUAGCAGUCCUUGCAUUACAGUCCCCAAAGGGGUAAUCUCUUUUUUGUACUGACAAAGGGGAUUAACAACAAAUAUGAAAACCCAAAUUAGCACCAACUUCCCAUAGCUGGAGGUGGGGUUGGGAAUCUUUUAAACUGGCCAUACACAAGUACAUCUACUUGUUUGGUGAGGUAGAUCUUUGCCUAAAUUGGAUGGCAGAUGGUUCUAAACCUACACAAAUCCUGGCCACUUUUCUGGUGAUCUGAAGGGGCCUAUACACAGAUACAUAAGAUGUUGGCUCAGUCUGUAGGGACCAAGAUGUCCACUUUUAUCAACCUGUGCAUGGCCAGCUUUGGGUUAUAGUAUGGCAUGUCUUUAAUGUUGUGUUCAUAUGAGAUUGAUUGAACAUUGAUACCUUUAGGGAAAUGGCACAAAUCCCCCUAAACUGUACAGUACUGUGUUUCUUGACAGUAAUUGCUUAUGAGGUACAUCCUCCAGCAGUCAUGUCAAGGGAAAGUGAUCUGGAGGGGGGUAGUGGCAUUUUUGCACUACCAGAAAUAACAGUAAUCAAAGUGUUCCUCUGUCAUCAAGCCUAUAGAGUAAAGUUAAUAUUACUCUGUUUUCUAAGCCUUACUUCCCAGUGCCAUUGUUUGUCUUGAUGCUGCAUUAUUCUGGAAAAUUUCCCAAACAUUGCACCAGUUCAGUAACCAGGCACCUGCUUUCCUUAGUCUAGCUGCACUGACCAAAUGUAGUUGGUUAUUGGUUGCUGUGGAUAACACCAUGUUAAUGGGGGUAUCUCUUUGAAAUGAAAGCAAACUAUACAAGUCAAUGAGGCCUCAGAAAAAAAUUACCAUGUACAAAUCUCCAUGUUGACCUUUUAGUAGAUCAGAACUCCGCUUCCAAAUCUUCAUUUUUAUACUUUAUUGAAAAUAUGAUGUGUGACAUUUCACAUUUAUAAUAUUACUGGUGAAAGUAAUCACCUCACUUGCAGAUUUAUGUAAUAUGACUGAAAACUGUAUUUUUUAUAUUAUGAUUUUUUGGGGUUAUGCCUUGAUAAAAUAAUUACAUGUACAAAAUGUUUUUAUUUAACUUACGCUGAGACCCAACCAACCAGACAUCUAUUUACACAACAUGUUGGAAAAGAAAGCAGUGUUAGGUGGAGGGGAAUACUCCAAUAAUCUAGCUGCCCAAUCUUUCAUCUUUACUAAUAAUUAGGUAAAAGAGUAGAAACACACCCCAGACACUCCAAAUAUAUAAAAAAGUAAUUGCACAGUUUACAAAAAGAUUAUUUCCCUUCAUGAAAUAUCAAUAAGUAGUUUAUUAUUGGCUAACAACUAUAUGAGAUAUAUAUAUGUGUGUGUGUAUAUAUAUAUAUAUAUAUAUAUAUAUAUAUAUAUAUAUAUAUAUAUAUAUAUAUAUAGUUAAUAAAGUACCCCAUAUUAUAAAAUAUAUGGAUAUUGUAAGUUACCAAGGAGUUCCAUGACCAUAUAUCCUCAUAUUUUGCAACAGGGGUACUUUAUUUAUUAUAAUACAUGAAUUUCAGGAGUCAUGUGGCAGAAAUUACACCACUUAACUCAGAUUAUAACUGAUGACUUCACUAAGCACCGUUUAUAAGGAUAUAAUUUGCAGGACAUAUGAUCCUUUCAAUGGUAAAGAGUUGGCAGUGUAAAGAAAAGAUGCAUUUCCAUUGUGGUUAAACAUCAGAACAUGCACAUUUUUAUUAUAUUCGAGGCAACAUAAUUGUUUGGGUAGUGCCGAAUAGGGAAGCUAACUUCUGUUGUGUAGGCACAAGAAUUGGAAAACUUGUCAUUAACCUUACGUGUAUGCUGUAAUAUAACCAGAAGUCCUCAUUAGUUUAUUGAUGCACGUAAUUGAUCUGUUACUUUUUCGCAAUGCCAUUUUUGCUCUGAUUUUAAUAUAGUCAUUUGCCAUACCUUUAAGAAAUCCUGAGAGGUUUAACCUGGCUCCUAAAGGCAAUGUGACUGGCGAACCACGUGACUAGAGACUUAAAAUCUGGGAAUACUAACUCUCUAUCACAAAGUACAAGCAAAAUUGUGUUUAUACGUGUGGUGGCUGUAUGCUCCUUUUUCUGGGGGACAGAAUUUUAUUUUGCACCAUAAUAGUGUUCUGCUGCCCAUCACAGCAGUGCUGGCCUUUCUGGCUCCACAAGGAACAGUUUAGAGUGAAGCCUUUAUUAACAUUAAGGCGAGUAGACACUUCCCACUACCCUUUGUGGAUAGUGGAAGUUGCACAGCUGAAUUUUUUUACACACCCCUUUCCUAUGCUGUAAAUAUUGCUUUCAUUUACUGUUAUUGCCAAGCUGGUCUAAUAAAUUAAAUAGGGGGGGCGUUCAGCUCUGCAAUGCCCCCCAUCAUUUUCCGCUCUCUUUAUCCAAUAUUUGUAUUUUAAAUUUUCUUUGUAAGGACAAAAAGAUUUUAGCAGCAAAGCUAUCAAAGAUUUAUUUGUAAAUGCCUUGUGUUGUGCGUGUUAGAAAAAAAAAAAAAAAACUUUAUUACCUUUUCAUCCACCAUUUGUUUUAAAGCAGAUCUGUAAAUGAGAAAAUAAAGCUUUUGACAAAGGCUGCAUCUUUUGGGGUAUUUUUAUUACUAGAGAAUUCGUAAAAAAAAUGCUGCUUUUGAACAUGUAUAUUGAUAUAAUUGUACCAAUCUUUGUGGGUUUUUUCCCCAUCCAAAUGUUCCUGUACUUAAAGAAAAAAAACUCCUGUUAUAAAGUAUAUUGAUUCACAUAGAAGUUAACUAUAAUAUAAAUAAAGUUAGUUUUUAAUAA